AUGGGUCUCGUCCGCGGCGGGCCCCCGUGCGCCCGGGCCAUGGCGCGCCUGGGCGCCGUGCGCUCCCACUACUGCGCGCUGCUGCUGGCCGCGGCGCUGGCCGUCUGCGCCUUCUACUACCUCGGCUCCGGCCGGGAGACCUUCUCCAGCGCCACCAAGAGGCUGAAGGAGGCCCGCGCCGGGGCCCCCGCCGCACCCUCGCCGCCCGCGCUGGACCUGGCGCGGGGCUCCGUGGCGCCGGCCCCCGGCGCUAAGGCCAAGAGCCUGGAGGGUGGCGGGGCCGGGCCGGUGGACUACCACCUGCUGAUGAUGUUCACCAAGGCGGAGCACAACGCGGCGCUGCAGGCCAAGGCCCGCGUCGCGCUGCGCUCCCUUCUGCGGCUCGCCAAGUUCGAGGCGCACGAGGUGCUGAACCUGCACUUCGUGAGCGAGGAGGCCAGCCGCGAGGUGGCCAAGGCUUUGCUGCGCGAACUGCUGCCGCCUGCCGCCGGCUUCAAGUGCAAGGUUGUCUUCCACGAUGUCUCUGUGCUGACAGACAAGCUCUUCCCCGUGGUGGAGGCCAUGCAGAAGCACUUCAGUGCCGGCUCGGGGAGCUACUACAGCGACUCCAUCUUCUUCCUCUCAGUCGCCAUGCAUCAGAUCAUGCCCAAAGAAAUCCUGCGAAUAAUUCAGCUGGACCUAGACCUAAAGUACAAGACCAACAUCCGAGAAUUGUUUGAGGAGUUUGACAACUUCCUGCCCAGUGCUGUCAUUGGCAUAGCGAGAGAGAUGCAGCCAGUGUACAGGCACACAUUCUGGCAGUUCCGCCAUGAGAACCCCAAGACCCGCGUUGGUAGCCCUCCUCCCGAGGGACUUCCUGGCUUCAACAGUGGGGUGAUGCUGCUGAACCUGGAGGCCAUGCGCCAGUCCCCCCUCUACAGCCACCUCCUGGAGCCCACGCAGGUGCAGCAACUGGCAGACAAGUACCACUUCCACGGCCACCUGGGAGACCAGGACUUCUUCACCAUGAUUGGCAUGGAGCAUCCCGAGCUCUUCCAUGUGCUGGACUGUACCUGGAACCGGCAGCUUUGCACCUGGUGGAGGGACCACGGCUACAGUGAUGUCUUUGAGGACUACUUCCGGUGUGAGGGCCAUGUCAAGAUCUACCAUGGGAACUGCAAUACCCCUAUCCCAGACGUCUAGGUACCUUGCCACCAGCCAUGCCCUCCGACCUCUGGAUCAGAGGAAGAAAAGGGGCACCGCUGGGACAGGCCCCAGGGCAGUAUCUGGACCCAAAAAAAGACACAGUGGAGAUGUCUGAUGUGAUAGGUGCUGCAGCUUUCCCACCCAGAGGGGUGUUCUGAGGCCACCCAGGGAGAACAGACCCACUCACUGCUGGUGCUGAUGACCUUUGUCGAUGAGGGGGCCAGGCAUUGUAAAGAGCAAUCAUGUAGAAAUCUUUUUGUGGGCUGGAAGCAAGCCUUCGGGAGGAAGGGAGAGAGAAAAAGUACCCCUAGCCUUUAGCCCUCAAAGUAUAGAAGUCCUUGUAAUAACUGGCCUUUCUUGGACCAAAUAUAAAUUUAUUUUAAAUUGAUAGGCUUCCAUUUUUUCAAGAAAGAACAAGCAGUACAGCUGUAGCUCCCAGUGAGCACUAAAGGAGUGAACCGGGGUUUUAACAACCAGCCCAGAGCUGAAGCAUCCAAACAUGCAUGCCCUAGUGGGCUGUGCACAUACUCCUGUGACGCUCACAUUGCUUGAUGUAGGUGGAAAGACGACACCUCUUUGGGGAGCACCCUUAGGGCCAGCUGUGGUCACAUAAGAAAACUAGUCCCAUUAUUUUAGUGAUCAGAGCGUUUAUCUCCCAACUGCAUUGCAGAAGCUCAUUACACCUGUUUCAUCAAGCCAGCUCUAGGUGACCAAACUAUCCAGAAAUCAAACCUCCCAUCAAAGGACAGAAAUUGCCACCCCCAAGGACGUGCAACAGAGUCACCUGGCCUGGGGAGACACAUGCAGACAGGGCCCUAGCAGUUCACCAGGGUGCCCGUGUGGCCAGGGGUGUGUGGCGCCUCCACUAAGCAUUCUGGUCUGCUUAAAAAGUCUUUUAUUGCACCAUGUCCUGCCCUCUACCAAGAAGAAACUAGGGUGUCCUUUCCUAAUUUCUUCUUUUAAUGAGUUCUCCUCUAAGUACUCUGUGAACACAAAGCCCCUUUUUUAUCGUCCAGCUGAGGUCCUUGGGGAAGAAACCUGGUUGGAGUUUCAUCUCAUUUAAUUUCAAUUGAAUAUGCUUUUUUUUUUCAUUUUCAUUUAUUUUUUACCUGAAUAAAAAUAGCUAAUAAACAAUCUUUGAGAACACAGUGAUUUAUGUGUUUGUUCUCCCAGCACAUUUUUCUGUUUCGUGAAUGUUCUGAAGGAAGAGUGGAGCCGGUGCCAUUCACGUGAUGAAGAGGGUGUGCUGGCAGCAGCGGGGGUCUCAGGACGGCAAUGCUGCCUUGGGUCCAGUGUGGAGAGUCAUUUCAUUCUGGGCAUUGCAGGCCCAUUCGCCCUGAGAGCAAAACAGCCCCAUGCUCUGAUCCUCUACCCCAGCCUGUCCAGUCACAUCAUCCCUGGACUCAUUUUUCCCUAAUUCUGCUCUGACAGAACCUGUCUGUUCUCUUAGGGACUUGCUUUUCUGUUUCUAGCUGCCAGGAUGGAAUGCCUGCUGUGUGCCAGGCAUUAUAUCAGGGGAUUUAUAUUCACUAUUGAUGAUUCUCAUGAAAACCUCCUGAAGAUAAUUCGUAUUUUAAAUUUUAUUAUAAGAAAAUAAUGAGAGAUUGGGACAGAGAAGCACUGUUUAUCGCAGCACUUUUUAUAGUCAAAAAGAAUUGCGAGCAGUUUAAAAUGUUAAAUAGGGGAGUGAAUAAAUAAUGUAUAUUAUAUUCACGUAAGGAAAUACUUUGGCAUUAAAAUCAUAUUUUUUGAAGAAUAUGUAAUGCCUGAGGAAAUGCUUGCAAUGUGCUGUUAGAUUAAAAAAUGCAAAAUGCAAGAUCAUUGUAGGAUGAUCCAAAUUUUAUUUUUAAAAUUACAUAUAUGUAUAUAUAUUAUAUAUGUACGUGUGAAUAUGUAUAUAUAGAGAAAGCCUAUUCUGCUAUAUUAGUUCAACUCCUAUAAAGUCGUGUUUCGAAUGCAUUAAAAAAAGAAUUAUUUCAAUGGAAAAAAUAACAAGGGUUCUCUUUUCUGUAGCACUUUCAUUGAAGUUUCUAUAGCAUUGAGUAUAUUUUGUUAUUAUAAGAAGAAAACAAACAAACUGGUUGAUCAAAAUGAGCAAAAGCCAGACAAAAUAUCCUCACUGACGUUCAAGAUCACCUAUUUGAAACUAACCUCUUCUCAAGAGAAGAGGUGACCUUGACCUUACGGCUCCACGGUGAACAGCAAAAUAACAUCAACAGGAAAUCCAACAGAGCUGCAAAGUCACCAUGUGCUCCUGUGCUUUGACAUAAGCAGCUUUUUGACAAACCUUGGAAGGCUGGUUCCUGAUUGGGAGCCUGUUAAAAUCAGUACAAGGCAAACAUAAUUAAUUGUGCUGUGUUUAAUUUGCUUUCUGAAAACUUCACCAUACAGCAUAUGGCUGUACAUCUAAAUGGGACAGAAAUCUGAAAUGAGAAUAUUUCUAGGUACUAGGGUUCAGGUGCUUUUUAUAUUUGCCUGUAUUUCUGUAUUUCCCAUAGUAAAUAUUAUUUAAUAAUAAAGAUAGGCAAUGCUAUAAUAUCUGAGCUACCUGCCUCUCCGCUAAUUACAGGUACAUCUGGUCACCUUCCUGCUCACAGUUGGCUAUGGUGAAUGUCACCCACAAGAAAACAUAAUCUCAGCUAAAUAGGCUCUGGGUUUUCAACUUUCGCUAUGGAUGCCCUAAAUAGUUUCCUAAAUAAAAGUGAC